AUGGCCAGAAUUUGCAAUUUCCUCUUUGCUUUUGCGAUUUUCAUUUUGCUCCAUCCCCAUACUUCACAUGCUAUUGUUCCUAAUGUUAGCACUGAUGAAGCUGCUCUUCUUGCAAUGAAAUCACAAGUUUCUUCUCAUCCUAACAACAUCUUAAAAAGCAACUGGUCUUCCUCGAGCCCGAGGUUGAAAGUGAUUCAUGUCAUAAGCAAUAACUUCACCGGAGCCAUUCCAUCAUUUUUAAGUUUGUUACCAAACCUACGUUUUAUGUACCUCUGGAGCAACCAAUUUUCAGGGAAAAUUCCAUUUUCCCUUUCCAAUAUAACAAAGCUUGAAGUGUUGGGCUUGCAGAAAAUUUUUCUUGAGGGAGAGAUCCCUCGAGAAAUUAGUGAUCUUUGUUACUUGACUGUCCUAGAUAUGCAAUUUAAUCAACUUACUGGCUCUAUACCACCAUCAAUCUUCAAUAUUACGACGAUGCAAAUCAUUGCUCUUACCGAUAACAAUCUUACUGGAAAGCUUCCAAUAACUAUAUGUGAUCAUCUUCCAAACUUGGAAAGGCUUUACCUCUCAAUGAACUCCCUAGAUGGAGUUAUUCCACCAAACCUGGAGAAAUGCAGAAAGCUACAAGUCUUGUUAUUAGUUGAAAAUGAGUUUUCUGGAACCAAGAGAGCUAGCCAACAUAACAACUCUUGA